AUGAUUGAAGCACAAAGGUUGACCUACUAUCGAAACAACCAAACCAAGGUGAGGAGUGAUAUAAACAAACGAAUUCAAGAUGCAGUUGUUAGGGGUGAGACACGUGCUUCUAAAGCAGGUAAACGUAUCAUCCUACCUGCAUCCUUCACUGGUGGAUUGAGAUACAUGUUUAAUAAUUGUCAAGAUGCUAUGUCAAUUUGUAAGAAAUAUGGAUAUCCAGACCUCUUCAUCACAAUGACAUGUAACUCGAGUUGGCAAGAGAUUGGCAGGGUUAACAAUCUAAGGAACUUAAAGGUUGAAGACCAGCUGGAUAUAUCGUGUAGAGUGUUCAAAAUUAAGCUUGACAUGAUAAUCUCGGAUUUUAAGAAAGGAAUUCCAUUUGGAGUGCUAGAUGCAGAGUUUCCAGAUCCUGUUCGGCACCCAAAAUUUUUUAGAGAUGUAUCUACAUAUAUGAUUUAUGGACCAUGUGGUAGAGCAUUCUCAAAAUCUUCCUGCAUGAAAGAUGGGUACUGCACCAAAUAUUAUCCCAAGACAUUCAGUAAAAUCACAGUUAUCGAUGAUAGUGGAUACCCAUCAUAUAGAAGACGAGACACAUGGGUGGUUACUGAGAAGAAGGGAGUCCAUAUGGAUAAUAGGAAUGUGGUUCCAUACAAUGCAUAUCUGCUGAUGUCUUAUCAAGCGCAUGUUAAUGUAGAGUACUGCAACAAAUCGAAUGCUAUCAAAUAUUUGUUCAAGUACGUGAAUAAAGGUCCAGACAGGGUAGCAGUUGGAGUUACAAAGGAAGCUUCCAGUGGAGAGGAUGCUCAGGUUAUUGAUGAGAUCAAACAAUUUUAUGAUUGCAGAUAUUUGUCUGCAUGUGAGGCUGUGUGGAGAACCUUAGCGUAUGAUAUUCAUCAAAGGUGGCCUUCAAUGAUGAGAUUAACCUUUCAUUUGCCUGAAGAGCAAAAUAUCAUCUUUAAAGAUGAUGACGAUCUUGAAGAAAUCGUGGAAGAAGAGGAAGAAAAAUGUACGAUGUUCUUAGCAUGGAUGGAGGCCAAUAAAAAUUUUGAAGCAGGUCAAACUUUGACGUAUGCUGAGUUUCCAAAUCAAUUUGUUUAUGAUAGAGAAUCAAGGGAAUGUCAUCCACGCAAAAGAGGGUAUUCUAUCGGGAGGUUAAAUUAUGUUUCACUGGAUACAAGUGAUAUUUAUUAUAUGAGAAUUUUGUUAGCUGUUCAGAGAGGUUGCACAACAUAUGAGUCUAUUAGGACAGUUAAUAGAAUUACAUAUUCUAGCUUCCAAGAUGCUUGCUAUUCCAUGGGACUAUUUGUGAUGCUACUGAUAUCUAAUAGCAUUAGCAACCCAGAGCGACUAAACAUGACUGAUGACGAAUUGAAAAAUUUCUGCCUUAUUGAGAUUGAGAAGAUAUUCAACAGCAAUGCGAGAUCUUUAAGAGACUAUCAAUCAAUGCCAUAUCCUGAGAUGUCUGAUAUUCGCCUUUUUCAGAAUAAGCUAAUAGAGGAGAAGUUAGCAUAUGACACAAAUGAGUUGACUCAUACAAACUUAUAUACGGAAUAA